AUGGAAUCAAAGGAAGAAGAUUUCUACCUCUUUAAGCUCGAGGAAGCUUGCUCCGAUUUGAGAAGCGUACUGAAAAACUCGGCCAGAAUUGGAGAAAGUCUCGGCAUGAUGGACAAGAAGUUUGAUCUUAUAGACGAGGCUCUCUCCACGGCCUCAAAAAGAGUAACUCCUUUACAGUCUCUGUCCAUGGCUGCCAAAGCUCUCGAAACCAGAAUCAACAGAGCCGUCACUCCGGCUCUCUCGCUCCUCGACAGCUUCAAAAUAUCUGGCACUCUUCAACAGAAGCUCCUAGACAUCUCCGACGAGUUGUCGGCCGAGAAAGUUACGACCAAGAAACGAUUGAAGAAACUGAUCAAGUACGUUGAGUGCGUUGAUCAGCUUAACGCAGCGGUCAGUUUGAUCAGUCAAGAUGGUGAGCCAGUGAUUCAGAGGCUCCAAGAGGUGGUGGAGUUCUUGAGCCGGACCAAGGCCACUGAUCAAUACAGGACUCAUAGGUUGAGAGAGACUGUGGUCACUCUCAAGGCUCUGUACGAAACAGAGGUUGAUGCCUUGAGGUUUGAGGGUUCACUUGAUCAAGCUCUGUUGAAUUUGCAGGACGAGUAUGAGAGCCUCUUGCAGCAAAUAAAGCACCAAAGUUUGGAACAGCUAGCUGAUUAUAAGAAUAAUGGAGAUAAGGACGAUAUGAUGGUGGCCAAUGCUGGUUCCAAUCUUGGUACUGAAAUUGAGGUUGAAGCUCUUAGACGGAUUUCAGAGACUCUGGCUGCCAAUGACUGUUUGGAUAUAUGCAUCGAUAUAUAUGUUAAGGUAAGAUACAAAAGAGUAGCAAAAGCAUUAAUGAGACUAAACCCGGAUUAUUUAAGAACGUAUACUCAAGAAGAAAUCGACAAAAUUGAGUGGGAGAGUUUAGAAACAGCUAUAGCUCUUUGGAUCCAACACUUCGAACUGGCAGUCAAAACCGUCUUCGUAUCAGAAAAGAAGCUCUGCAAUUAUGUCCUUGGAGGCCUUAUGGAGGGUCUGAUCUGGUCAGAGUGCUUUGUCAAAAUCGCUGAUAAAAUCAUGGCCGUUUUCUUUCGAUUCGGAGAAGGCUUCACCAGAAGCAGUAAAGAGCCCCAAAAGCUGUUUAAGCUUCUUGAGAUGUUUCAUAUGUUUGAGAAGCUCAAACCUGAGUUCUCAGAUAUUUUCGAUGGCGAAUCAGGAGUCGAUAUUUGUUCUCGGUUCAGAGAACUCGUAAAGCUUCUUAUUCAUGCUUCCAGCAAAGUGUACUGGGAAUUCGGCCUCCAAAUCGAAGGAAACACAGACGGUUUUCCUCCCCCUGUAGAUGGGUCAGUCCCGAAAAUAGUAAGAUACGCCAUUAAUUACCUGAAAUAUCUUGUCACAGAAGAAUAUAGUGGCCCCAUGGCUAAAGUUCUCCAAACAGAGCAAACAUGGAAGAUGGGCAUUUUAUCAAAACCCGAAAACGAAGAGAACUUAUUCAGAGACGCCAUUAUCAACGUCAUGGAAGCUCUACAGAGAAACGUAGAGUCAAAACGAUAUCGUUACAAGGACAAAAUCCUUCCCCAUGUGUUCGCCAUGAAUACGUACUGGUACAUCUACAUGAGAACCAGAAGCACUGAGCUGGGAAAGCUAUUGGGUGAUCAAUACAUGAAAAAGAAGUACAAAAUCGUGGCAGAGGAAUCAGCUUAUAUGUACCAAAAGCAAGCUUGGGGACCUCUAGUAAGGAUUUUAGAGAAGGAAGAUUUAAAAGUUAGUCAGAGCAAAGAAGAGAUAGGGAGCAUGGUGAGAGAAAAAGUUGAGGCCUUUACGAGAGGUCUCAACGAGAUUUUGAAUAUGCAUAAAAGGGUUUAUAGCAUUCCCGACGUUGAUCUGAGGGAGCAGAUUAGAGAAUCGACAAUGGCUCUGGUCGUCUCGUCGUAUACUGAGUUCUUGAACUCGUUCUCGGCUGCGUUAAGAGGGAGGUCGUAUUUCAGUCCGGAAACAAUUCAAGGGCUUUUGACCAACUUCUUUGACAAUGGAGAUGGGAAGCUUAAGCGUCGUGACUUUUCUAAGGAUCGAUCGAGUCAAAUGAGCUCCACGUCUAUCGAGGGAGAUAUUAAGAACUUUCGACGGUCAGGAUCAUACACUACGGAUGUUUGAGAGUUUGAUGCGUACCACUGAUUAAUUACACAUGUAUGGAUGAUAUUUUUUUCGGGUUUUUAGCCCUA